UAACUUCCUCUCUCUAUCCAUGGCGUCCGCAAUUUACAGGCUGCUGAAACCCAGAUCCCCUCGUUUCUCUCUUUACCCAAAACCUUCUCUCACCUCUGCCUUCAUCUCCACUUCCCAACUUUCUUUGUCAUCAUCUUCCACUCAAACACAAGAAGGGAUCAAUGGAGAAAGUGAGAGAAAGAGAUGGUCGAGUUUGUUUCUUUUCUUACCUGGGGCUAUCACUUUUGGCCUUGGAACUUGGCAGCUCUUCAGGCGCCAAGAGAAGAUAGAAAUGUUAGAGUACAGGAGGGGGAGGUUGGCUUUGGAGCCUCUCACGUGGACUAGCAUCUCAUCUCAAUUCAAUGGCUCUAGAUCAGAUGGAGAAAUGGAUUCUUUGGAAUUCAGGAGGGUCUUAUGUGAAGGUGUUUUCGAUGAGAGUAAAUCGGUUUAUAUAGGUCCUCGCUCUAGGAGCAUUUCUGGAGUAACAGAAAAUGGCUAUUAUGUGGUGACACCUCUAAUGCCCGUUAAGAACAAGUCCGACAGUGUGCAGCUACCUAUUCUGGUUAAUAGAGGAUGGGUUCCUCGCAGCUGGCGAAACAAAUUUGUUGAAGCUGCAGAGGAAGCCAAGCAGCCUUCACAUACGACACUAUCUGGGAUAGAGGAGAGCAAAGGAAGCUUUUGGUCAAAGUUUUGGCCUAAAAAAUCUGAAGUUGUUGAGGUUCAAGAACCUAAAGUUGAUGCGGUAAAAGUUAUAGGGGUUGUGCGUGGAAGUGAGAAACCAAGCAUUUUUGUUCCCGAAAAUGAUCCUGGUUCUGGUCAGUGGUUCUAUGUUGAUGUCCCGGCAAUUGCUCGUGCUUGUGGGAUUCCCGAGAACACAGUUUAUGUGGAAGAUAUCAACGAAAACGUGAAUCCGAGUUAUCCAUAUCCAGUACCCAAGGGUGUCAAUUCUUUGAUCCAUCAUUCUGUCAUGCCCCAGGACCAUCUGAACUAUACCUUGACCUGGUAUUCGCUCUCAGCUGCUGUGACUUUCAUGGCUGCAAAGGGGAUAUUGCCAAAAAAGAAUCGGAGAUAGCAAAGUAUUGGGUGAGGCUCAUGUUGUAUAAGUUUUAGGAGGAUGUUUCAAGGGUUCCUUGGGAGUAUUUUGUACCUAGUGAGAGGUACAUGAAUAAAGUGAAGGAGGUAGAAAGUUUGCUCUGUAGUAAAUUAUGUGAAAUGAUUUUUUGCUGAGGUGGGAGAAUUCAUUUUUUCCCUUGUGUAAACCCCAAGCUUGAAGUAUUUACAGGAACCACUAUUAUUCAGGAAAAAUAUACAAAGAGACCAUUUACUUUUGGUAUCAAUAGGUCAUAAUUGCUCGUCUAUCAGAUUUCAAAACGGAUGGUUGACUGUUCAUUGACUAGGUUCAAAGUUUAAAGACAUUUUUUUCAAAUUUUAUGACACAUCCCAAGUUGUCAAAUUUAAAAUAGGAUGGCUAGAGUUUUUUGUAACCUUGUAACAAAGAUAAAUGUCUCAUAGUAGACAAUCCCUAUUAUUGAUGCACAGCUGGCCAAUCUCAAAAAACAAAUGUUCUGAAAUCUUACUCUUACCAGAAAAAGAAAAAAGGUGAUUGUCCAAUUUUUGGAUAGUAAGAUCUACUAGUUGAAGAACUCAAUAUUCAUUUCUUUUUCAAAUAAUUAUAUGGUGAUUCAUCGGCGGAUACUAAAAUUUUAGGGAAAAUUGCAGAUAUCCCCUGAACUUGAACUUUCUUAGCAACCUUCCCCCAACCAACGUUUUUAUCCCAAAAGUUAAUAUAUCCCAAAUAUAUAUAUUUUUUUAACCCAAAAACAUAAUUUUCUAGCAAAUACCGUAGUCAAAAGUCAUAGUUAUUUGAACCAAAAUGCCCUUGUUCGUAUAAGCUCGUGUCACAUCCCCGUAGCAUGUGCAAUAAUGACCAAAGGUUAACUGUCGGAUCGAUACAUAAUAAAACCAUUGCCGGACACCUAUGCGUAGCUGUCGGACCGCAUGAACAAUAUGCUGGACUGCAGUAAAAAUUGUGAUAAAAAAGUUGUUUGUGGGGAGUAUGUUUUAGGGUAAAAAUUGUGAUAAAAAAGUUGGUUGUGGGGAGGUUGCUAAGAAAGUUCAAGUUGGGGGUAUAUGCAAUUU